GACCAGUCUGUAGUCGGAGCAGCCGUGCACUCGGGCAUUUAGUAAUCGUACGACGUCGUUGGGAACACCGUGCGCUCUUUAACGUCAGCCUCGUCACGGUGCCCUGUCUUCGCACGUCCCGUAACGUCACAUCGAAAGACGCGUAUCGAGUCGCGAUCGGUUAUCAAGUCUUAUAGGGCGCAAUUGUCUCUAAUUACGUGCGUCUACUUAAAACACGGUGAAACCCACCGCGACCAAGGCACAGACGAACCCGCCAGGGUUUUUCUUAGUAAUCGCGUUUAAAGACCGCGCGAAAGCUGCAACUCUUCUUCAGCACGCGGACCCCACAGCGGAAUUCACGCAGGAAGAGCGGCAACAGCAACGCCUCAACUCUCGGCGCCUUCGAGGCGAGUCUUCGCCGAGAGGGCACCUAUCUGGACGGUGGAAACCAUCAUUCCCGACCAGCGCGACGAUUAAUUAGGUCGUCUCGAGUGAGAGACGGCAGUGCGAGCGAAGCAGGGCGACGAAAGGUCACGCCAUGCCGGCAGGUACUGGCGCUUCGUACAGGUCCUUAGGCGACCUGGGCGAAGACGUAUACAAAAGCACAACCAUCGUCGACCAGACACAGACUACCGGCCAGAGCGUUCUUGAAUCCGUGAAGAAGGCUUUUAGCUUCACCUCACCGAAGGCCGAGAUGCGAAAAAAGGACCCGUUGAUCGAGGAUCGUCGCGAAAGCGCCUCGAUCGUUUCAAGGGAGAGAAACAAGAUGCCGACAGCAGCCACUGCCGAGGAAUCUGCUCUAUUGGGCACGAUGCCUUCCGAUAGCAUGGAUGACAUCGAGCUAAAAAACAUUCAGUUGCAAUUUCCGGCACUGAGAUAUCUCUCCAGAGACGACAGCUCUGUGCGGGAAGAAAGGGUGGAGACCGACAAAGGAAGUUUGCUGGUAGCGGUGCAAGGAAAUCGAGCGAAACCAGCUAUCCUUACUUAUCACGAUCUAGGCCUUAACUACAUCUCGAGCUUCCAGGCAUUCUUUAAUUACAUCGAUAUGCGUGUUCUACUCGAAAACUUCUGCGUAUACCACGUAAACGCACCCGGACAAGAGGAAGGUGCACCGACAUUACCCGAAGAUUUUACUUAUCCGUCCAUGGAAGAGCUGGCCGAACAGCUGCUCUUCGUUCUUGGCCACUUUGGCAUAAAAUCUGUAAUCGGUUUCGGAGUCGGAGCUGGUGCCAAUAUACUGGCAAGAUUUGCACUUGCCCAUCCGGAGAAAGUAAAUGCACUGUGCCUGAUAAACUGCGUGUCCACGCAGGCAGGAUGGAUCGAGUGGGGUUAUCAAAAGUUGAAUGUACGCCACCUGAGAUCGCAGGGAAUGACCCAGGGUGUUCUCGAUUAUCUGAUGUGGCAUCAUUUUGGCAGGGGGACUGAAGAACGGAAUCACGAUCUGGUUCAAGUGUACAAGAACUAUUUUGAGCGUCGCGUAAAUCCUACGAAUCUCGCAUUAUUCAUCGACAGUUAUGUUCGCCGCACGGAUUUGAACAUAACAAGAGAACUGGACCCAACGCGCAAGAAGGAGGGAUUGACGCUUAGUGUGCCAGUGAUGAACAUCACGGGUGCUUUAAGCCCUCAUGUUGACGAUACCGUAACGUUAAAUGGACGUUUGGAUCCGACAAACAGCUCUUGGAUGAAAAUAUCGGAUUGCGGUAUGGUAUUGGAAGAACAACCGGGUAAAGUAAGCGAGGCAUUCCGACUGUUUCUUCAAGGCGAAGGAUAUGUGGUGAGAUCCCCGCGGAAGCCCGUGAAGCCGACAACACCCGAAGUGGCCCCGCUGUCGCCGUUAAAAAUGGCCGAUUACAGACUGGCUUCGUUGGAGGGAUUGAAUCACGUUUGCAGCAAGAAGAUCGACUGGCCUACCGCGACCAUACACAUCACGGAGAACCCGAUAUCGGAGGCAGUCGUCUGUUAAAUGCUAAUCGCCGAAUUCUACCACCGCCCUCGAUUUUCGUUACGUAAUCAAACGAGCAUAAUCGAACAAUGACGCAAUUCAACAAUUUAGAAAGGUUUCGUCCGGCAACGAUCCCUCGCGGCACUAAUCGUUUAUUUCUUUCCGAAGCUUUUUCAUCGGCACCACAUUUACUUUAAUCGCGAUUUGCGCUGAAUCGACCACACGCGCUCGUAAUAAAUGUUUAAUUCUAAAUGACUAUAAGUUAAGAGCUUUAAAGAUAGAGUUUACUACUUAAAAGAUGUCAGAUCUUUUAUCGAUAUUAUAUUUGCCCGACACGCAAUGUUGUUAGGAACAGUAUUAAGGAUAAAUGAGAGAAUAAUGUUAUUGCUGCGUUAUUGACGGAUAUAAGAUAGCUUUUAGUUUCAGGUUUUUUUUUAAUCUUUGAUGAAUGGUGCAAAGCGUCUUUUAAGAACAUCGUUCAUUUUUUAUCGUGAAAGUUUCUCAAUUAUUUUAGGAUAUGUUCAUGGUUAUUAUUUUACAUUUAUUUUAAUGAAAAGGUAAUACUUUUUUAAAUUUCAACCAACGUUUCGCUUGUGGAAAUUUUAAUAUUGUUACCUGAUUUUUAAAUAUCCAACGUGUUUGAUGCAACUCUAUAUACGUGAAUAUAUGUUAUAUCAGCAAAGUCCACGAUUCUAACUUUACAAAUAUGUAAAACAAUGAUAACACGCUUGCUACAAUAACAGAAAGAUUUCAUGUAUGAGCGCUAAUUUUAAAAUUGCGAAGAAUUGCUAUAUAAUUACAAAUGAAUACUGAAGAAUUAAAUCACGUAGCGCAAGGCUUCAAAAUUGCAUGACAAUAACACAUCGCGGAAAAACGCGCAUCUUUGCUUUCCGUACGCGUUUUUCAAACCAAAAGUAAUUAAAUCAUAUUACAAAGAAUUUCUUAUAAACAAAUAUUAAUUAAAUUACCUUUAUAUUUCUCACAUAUAAUAAAAAUAUUAAAACAUUUUAUUUUAUAGGCAGAAAUGUCUACUUUCCUUGCGUUAAAUUCAAUUCGCAAAAAAUAAUUUUCUUUUAUAUAUAACAUAAAAGUUGUUACAAAAUCUAACUUUUCAGUUAUAUUUUGCAGCAUCAAAAGAUUUAUUUAGAUUUUAAAUAUACCGUCUUGUUUUUCGGUUUUAUCGCUCACGUUUAUUCAACUCGUAAAGAAUCAAACGAACUAAUACAACUAGUUUGUAAUUACAAUAUUUUUCUUAUUUUUUAUAUAUUAUUUUAUACAAACUGAUAUUCACGUUUAUUUAAAACUUCGAGAUGAACUUUCAAAUAAACGUACAUUAAAACCGAAAAUGAUUACAAUAUUGGUACAAUAUUGUUGUUGAACGGAUAUUCUUGAUAAAAUUCUUUAUUCUUAUUCUUUUAAUUUAGAAUUGAUAAAGUCUGAAACAAAAAAAUUGGUUUAUAACUUUGCAACGAUCCCUUCGCAAAAAAGACAACGUAAUUCAGCAAUCUUGUCGCAAAUAUUAUCUUUUAAGGGGAAUGUCUUCGAUAAUCUACAAUUUCUAACCCUUUACAUAUUGAGAAUUCGUUCAUUUGCGCUUACGCACCGUUCGUACCCUUUCUUUAAUUAACAACAAAAGAGACUGCCCGUAUGAGGAAGAAAAAGAACGCUUGCGAACGAAUGCAUAUGUGUAAGAAUGGUAUAGAAAAAGAAAGGGAAAUACGUAAUUAGUCGUUACAAGAACUAAGGAAUACGGCAAAUGUCGAGUUCAAUAUCUCUGUGUGGUUUUACCAGGCUUCAUCGAGCCUCUAGCGUGAUAUGAUAAGAUGUGCCUGCUACAAGACGUCGUACAUAGCUUUUCAAAGUUUAGUCGUCUAUAAUUUUCUAUAUACGUGCUUUAAAUGCGUCCCCCGAAAUUUCCCAUCUUUCGCGCAACUUGUCUCGAAGACGUUGCGCCUGUAACAAUCGGCAUAAACAUAUCUUUCAUUGAUCAAGAUCAAUCCUAAAUCAAUCAAAUUUUUACGUACACAAAUGUAAUAUAAGUAAAUCGUAAUACGUUACUUGUUUUAUCUUAAUGCUCGAUUACAUUUCAAAUGAAGCAAAAUAAAUGGUGAAACAAUUUUAUAGCAGUAACAAAAUCAGUUUCCACAUGUAACAUUACUUUAAACUUUAAGAAGAGUUUCGAGUAUUGAAUCGCCAGUGCUUGAUUAACAGUUAGAUUGAAUAAUCCGACACAACUGGCUACAGGAAAAUUUCCUUUAUUUUAAACACAACUGUUUAAACUUUAUUAAACACUUUGGAAAAGAAAUUUAUUCGAGUAAUUUAUGGAUUUCUCUGAUUUCACGGCAGGUAAUGAUAAAAAGAUGUGCGAGAAUGACGAAGGAAGUGGAAGCAACGGACAUCUCGUGGGACAGAAGGUUACAUAAAAACCUGUGUAAAGAGAUGUAAAGAGAUGUAAGAAAGUUUAUAAAAAUAUGUAAUAAGUAUACACACGCGCGUUGUUUAGAUUAUCGCAAAUUAAGGCAAAGAUAGUCGAGAGCAUAGGAGAGCAUUAGGAUUGUGGGAAUACGAUACGAGAGGGAGCGCACGCAUUAAAGUUUGCUCUAAUGUGAAUGCUAUAUAAAUAUAUAAUAUAAUGUAGCUUUUAAGGAUUACCGAUGCUCCGCCGUUAAUCCCUUCGUUUCCAGAUAGAGAGAAUUCCUUAUGGACAUGGCGAUUAUUGGCAUGAAUUAUCUCGACGCUCAAGACAACGAAUAUGUUAAACUCGUACAUCGAUGUAUUACUGAAUUUAAUUAGACAUAUCGGCCAAGUUCAAUGCCCGAAUAUCAUUAAAUUGUUCGUCGACUGAUCAAUCUUAAUCCAGACAUUCUCUCGCGAGACGCAUAUCAGUACGAAUAAAUUUUUAAGUAUUUUUUAACCCUAAGAAAUUCUAUCGGAUUUGUAUCUACAUUUUAUGUAAUUGGUACAUCAAUGUCGAAAGAUGGGUAAUGCCGCUGGUUUCGAAGGGCUUAAAAGAAUCACUCAGUACGCGCGAUCGAGAGCAAAUCGAUUUCCAGCAUCCACUUCUACCUCGUGAGAAGAUAACACGAUUUCCCUUUGUCGCAUGACGCGCAAAAUUCGUUCUCGAAUUUUUCACGUGGUAUCGCGAAACAGAUUGUAGCGCGGUGUGUAUUAAUCACUCAGCAUAAACGAGAUAUAUAGUACAGGGAAUAAGCGAAAUAAACUUAGCUGGAGCUUGAUUACAUAUAUAUAAAAAUAUAUAUAUAAAUAUAUAUAUUAUACAAGUUAAAUGACACAUGCGCACCGAAUAUAUGCAUCUUGUUAUUUAUAAUAAACCGAUACAAAGAAAAUAA